AACAAACUUCAGAACCAGGAGAGACGCUCUGUCCAGGGUGCAAUCUCAGGCCGACCCGGGCAGUGAGGGCCUGUGGCCAAUAGGCCAGGGCAAAGGCUUGGCGAAGGGCGAGGCGGGGACCUGCCUGAGGAAGCCCUGAGCCCUCAGCGGGCUGCGUGCGACUCCCUGGCGAUGCCUCACAACUCCAUCAGAUCCGGCCACGGAGGGCUUAACCAGCUGGGAGGGGCUUUUGUGAAUGGCAGACCGCUGCCUGAAGUGGUGCGCCAACGCAUCGUGGACCUGGCCCACCAGGGUGUGAGGCCCUGUGACAUCUCCCGCCAACUCCGUGUCAGCCAUGGCUGUGUCAGCAAGAUCCUUGGCAGGUACUACGAGACUGGCAGCAUCCGUCCUGGAGUGAUAGGGGGCUCCAAGCCCAAGGUGGCCACCCCGAAGGUGGUGGAGAAGAUCGGCGACUACAAGCGACAGAACCCUACCAUGUUUGCUUGGGAGAUCCGAGACCGGCUCCUGGCUGAGGGUGUCUGUGAUGGUGACACCGUGCCCAGCGUCAGCUCCAUCAACAGAAUCAUCCGGACCAAAGUGCAGCAGCCAUUCAACCUCCCCAUGGACAGCUGCGUGGCCACCAAGUCCCUGAGCCCAGGACACACGCUGAUCCCCAGCUCAGCUGUAACGCCCCCAGAGUCACCCCAGUCGGAUUCUCUGGGCUCCACCUACUCCAUCAACGGGCUCCUGGGCAUUGCUCAGCCUGGCAACGACAGCAAGAGGAAAAUGGAUGACAGUGACCAGGACAGCUGCCGGCUAAGCAUUGACUCCCAGAGCAGCAGCAGCGGGCCCCGCAAGCACCUUCGGACGGACGCCUUCAGCCAGCACCCCCUUGAGCCGCUCGAGUGCCCAUUCGAGCGGCAGCACUACCCGGAGGCCUAUGCCUCCCCCAGUCACACCAAAGGCGAGCAGGGCCUCUACCCACUGCCCUUGCUCAACAGCGCCCUGGAUGACGGGAAGGCCACCCUGACCCCGUCCAACACACCCUUGGGACGCAACCACUCUACUCACCAGACCUACCCAGUGGUGGCAGAUCCUCAUUCACCCUUCGCCAUAAAGCAGGAAACCCCCGAGGUGUCCAGUUCUAGCUCCACCCCUUCCUCUUUAUCUAGCUCCGCCUUUUUGGAUCUGCAGCAAGUCGGCUCCGGGGUCCCAGCCGGUGCCUCGGUCCCGCCCUUCAAUGCCUUUCCCCAUGCUGCCUCCGUGUACGGGCAGUUCACGGGCCAGGCCCUUCUCUCAGGGCGAGAGAUGGUGGGGCCCACGCUGCCUGGAUACCCACCCCACAUCCCCACCAGUGGACAGGGCAGCUAUGCCUCUUCUGCCAUCGCAGGCAUGGUGGCAGGAAGUGAGUACUCUGGCAACACCUACGGCCACACCCCCUACUCCUCCUAUGGCGAGGCCUGGCGCUUCCCCAACUCCAGCUUGCUGAGUUCCCCAUAUUAUUACAGUUCCACAUCAAGGCCGAGCGCGCCACCCACCACCGCUACGGCCUUUGACCAUCUGUAGUUGCCAUGGGGACGGUGGGAGCCACCGAGCAACAGGAGGACACGGCCUGGGAUAGGCCCAGAGAGUCACACAAAGGAAUCUUUAUUUAUUACAUGAAAAAUAACCACAGGUCCAGCGGCUCACU